UGCGAGGGGCUGUUGGCGAGCUCCCACAGUCUGUGCAUGUGUGUCCCUGCUGCUUCUCUGCUGGGCUACGGCUACUAACCUAGCUGCUCUUCACUCGGUGGUUAGCCGACGGUAGCCUGGCCGCGUUUAUUGACGUGAGGGGGGCGAAAACACGAGCGAAUGUAAAAAUCUGUUUUAGGACAACAACCCGUAACUGUUUUUUAGUCGUCGCUGUCGGGUCACGAAAACGGCGAGUUUUCUUUGAAAGUAUGGAUGACCAGACCAGGAUGAUGACGGGUCUCACCGGACUCGGUGGACUAGCACAAGCCGAUGUCGGUGACCCAGACUCGGUCAGGAAACAGCAGUCUCUCGGUCAACCUCAACAAGACAUAGGGGAUAUCUUACAGCAAAUAAUGGCCAUCACCGACGAAAGCCUGGACGAAGCACAGGCCAGAUGCUGGCCAGAGGAAUCGCCGGCGCAUUGGGGUGGAUCAGACGACCCCACAGAGGGAGGGAGAGCAGGGGGGGGCAUGGCAGGGGGUGGCCUGCCACUCAACUUCCAGCACAGGAAGCAUGCCCUGAACUGUCACAGAAUGAAGCCAGCCCUCUUCAGCGUUCUCUGUGAGAUCAAAGAAAAGACGGUGCUGAGUAUACGAGGUGUGCAGGAGGAGGACCCCCCAGAUCCCCAGAUCAUGCGGUUGGACAACAUGCUGCUAGCGGAGGGUGUGUCAGGACCAGAGAAGGGCGGAGGAUCGGCUGCAGCGGCUGCAGCUGCAGCAGCGGCAGGGGGCUCACCGACCGACAGCAGUAUUGAACACUCUGACUACAGAGCCAAGCUUGCCCAGAUCCGUCAGAUCUAUCACUCUGAGCUGGAGAAGUACGAACAGGCCUGCAGUGAGUUCACCAACCAUGUAAUGAACCUGCUGAGAGAGCAGUCUCGCACACGGCCCAUCUCUCCCAAGGAGAUUGAGCGCAUGGUGGCCAUCAUCCACCGCAAGUUCAGCUCCAUUCAGAUGCAGCUCAAACAGAGCACCUGCGAGGCCGUCAUGAUUCUGCGCUCGCGUUUCCUAGACGCCAGACGUAAGAGGCGCAACUUCAACAAGCAAGCCACAGAGGUGCUGAACGAGUAUUUUUACUCCCACCUGUCUAACCCUUACCCUAGCGAAGAAGCCAAGGAGGAACUGGCCAAAAAGUGUGGGAUCACCGUGUCUCAGGUCUCUAAUUGGUUUGGCAACAAGAGAAUACGCUACAAGAAGAACAUCGGUAAGUUCCAGGAGGAAGCGAACCUCUACGCAGUUAAAACGGCGGUGGAUGCUGCCAAUGUGUCUGCGCAGGCUAGCCAGGCUAACUCUCCAGCAACACCCAACUCAGGGUCACCGGGGUCAUACAGUUUGUCUCACACAGGCGAUGCCUACCUAAGCCUGCGUUCCCUCAACGGGGAUGGUCUCAACAUCGCCCCCUCUCUACAGCCGCAGGUGGAUACCCUGCACCGUGCUACACACCUGACGGGCGGCUAUGAGGAGCUGUCGGGUAGUGGCCUCUACACCCCUCAUUGCCUGGAUGCUAACAGCUGGCAGGACACCACCAACCCCCCCUCGGUCACCUCUCCUCCCGGUCCUCCUGGCAGCGUCCACUCCGACACCUCCAACUGAUUCGGUGGCUCUCCCCGCCAUCACUUCAUUCCCACUGUGGUCUGCUCUGACUGCCAUCCUCUGUCUUCAUUGUUCCUCUAUUCCCUCGUCUCUCAACUGGACAGCCACACACGGCUGUGCUCGCAUUUCAUAAACACACACACUGUGCUGGAACACAGGACAGCCGAACAGUAGUUAGGAGGAGUUCUCCCUCCACCCCACAGCUCCACUUCAAUGCUAGAAGCUCCUUAACUAAGAAUAAAAGAGGGGAUGGAGCUUACCCUUGCUGAGAAAGAUAGAAAACAUCUUUACUAUCAAGGACUUACAAAAAAAACACUGACCCAGCUGUGUAGAUGAUCAUGAUGUCUGUACAUUGUGUAUAUGCACGUUAACUUCACACAGUACUCACACUGCUUGUCCAUGUGCUGUUGACCUCUGCACUCGACCCUUUUCUUUGGAAAACGGUGUGUGAUUGCUUGUAUCUCUUGAAGCCUUGGCAUUUGACAGCCAAACUGUGGAUACGGAUCGCCAGGGAGCUCUGCUCACCUCGCUCUUACCAAAGUGCUGCCCCAGUAGUCGUCAACAUCUGUUCCUCCGAGAUCACCCUCUGCCAACUCAACACGGAUAUAUCCUCGAGUCCUUUAUAGCUCGACGGUUCAUUCUGUCGGAGAUCUAAACUAAGUGAAUAAUUGAGAUAUGCACACAUGUGCGUGCACCCCGCUUCCAUAACACACACACACACACACACACACAUCGCAACUUUUCAGUCGUUUUCAUAGUGAGCUGACAUAAAAGAUGUGUCGAGCACAACCGUUAGCAUCCUUGUUAUGGGUGUCUCUACCUGUGAAAGGGUAGUGAAGGGGAUCACUGUUCUAAACCAGGAAGGGCAGGUGAUGCUAGGGCUGGUGAGAGGAGGAAAGGGCAGAGAGGAGAAUAUCUUUGGUUGAGUGGAUGUACCUAAUAGCCCUUUUUGUUGCUAACCAAUAGGGGGUGUUGGUAGACAGCUUGUAGACUUUACUUCUUGCUUUCUGUCCACUAGUUUAUUUGAUUGUAGGCUAUUUUCUAAUGCUGUUUCACCAAGAAUGCACCAGCCACCACCAAAAAUGAGCUUGAUAAAGCAUCUAAAUGACGUUAGGAGAAUGGUGGAAAGAUUGUGGGGCAUUGAUGUGUUAUUGGGACAAACGUGACAUGAAUUUAGAAAAGUGACUGUCUUCCAUGCAUGUAGGACUUCUAGGCGUGAUAUUAUUGUUUUCAUUUAACCUUCCACGUUUUUAGCUUUGUUUUUAUUAACAAAAAAAUAAAAAUAAUAAUAAUAAUAAUAAUAAAAAGGGUAUAAUUAUUACAGUCAGACCAAAAAGGAAAAAGUGCAUCAUGUAUUGCUAUGAUGUGUGUGUCUCCGUGUGGGCGUGUGUACAGUGUUCUUGGGAUGUCUUAGUCAAACUGGCUGGUGCCCUCUCACCUUUUUGUAAGCAUUAUGGAGACUGGGGGUGCUUCCGCCAGCCAAUGACACACCAGUUGGGGGUUCAACUGAGAUCUCCCCAUCUUGAAAACAUUUAAGCUUGUGAGCCCAAGGCAACACACUCCAACCUUCUGUUGUACCAAAACCAAAAAUGCCACGUUCAGCAAUGUAAUAAUGCUACUCUGUCUCUCUAAAGUUGGUGCACAGCCACCUUUUUCAGUUCCGUGGAGAGGAGGGAAUUAUAUUUGUAUCUGUGUCUCUCUGUGUGGUGUUGUCAUGCCUCAAGUUGAUUUGGAGGGGGGGGGGAGGGGGGGUUGUUGUGGGUUGUCAUGGGAGGGCGGGUGGAGUGAGGACUGUCAUAUUGCACCUGUCAUUUGAUUGUGAGCAUAGAAGGUAUGCUCUCCCCUUAACCCUUCCUUUAAUGCCGUCUGGUAAAACCACAAAUAGUUAGUUUUUAGUUUUAUGGCCGAUUGGGCUUCUCUCUCUCCGGUUACCAAAAAAAAAGAGGCAGCACUGGGUGGAGUACAACUCUUAACUGGUGUUUAAGACAAACCUGCUACAUUUUUGGGGGAUUUUAAUUCUUUGGAACUUUUUUAUACAUUAACAGGUAUGUGAAUAACAAAGCAUUUUGAUAGUAAGGUAAAAGCCUUAUAAAGAUUUAAGUGUCAGUUGAGACUUACCAUAUGUUACAGAACCAAACUUGAGCUUACAAGCUGGUCACAUGUGAUAUCCCACAUCUAAUUACCUGUUUUGUUACUCAUCGCAGUUCAUACGACUGUAUCUUAUGAAUAACGUUAUCGCCACACCAAAUUAUCAUGCCCCCCUCCUUUUUCUACCUGUUGUAAUGGAUGUCACUGUACAGUUUGUGUAAUGUUUCAGUAUUUUUCUUUUAUAAACUUUGAUGUUUUGGUUGAGAUGCCAGUUUUAUUUGGCCUUUGUGUCACAGGAUUCACAAUAACUAUCAAUUUUUGAAUAUAUUAUUUAGGUCUUUUGUUACAUAACCGGGUGGCAAUGUAACAUUUGGUGCUGUGGAAAGACAAUUGUAUCAAUUGAGGUUCUCCGAUGAACAUUAUUUGGUGUAUUUUUGCCAUUUAGAUUUAUGGACCUCCUCCCCGUCAGAUUCCCCUUCAGUUUCUACCUUUUUCCACACUUCCCCAGAUAUUCACUCAUUUGUGCUUCUAAGUCAUUCUUUCAUAUUUUUUUUUACGUUCAAAAUAUUGCUUGAGAUCAUAACUUUUGGUUGAAUUAGUUUUGAAACUGUUGAAUAGUUACAUGGACAGUGGCUAAAACUAAACGUUAACUUCCAGAUGUUAAUCCCGGAAAUUUAAAGUAAUUCCAGUCUGUCGUUUAUGAAUCUGGAUUAUGAAAGUAUGCCAGCAGUACUUUUGCAUACGACUGAGUGGAAGUAAAGACUGAAUUGUUUGAGGAAUUUGACUAACUACUAAUUGGCCACUUAAUUAAAUGUAUUUUCUAAUUCUUGCGACACCCUAUAGCAGGAAGAGAGGCAGACCUUCACAAUAAAGUGUAUGUCUACUUUGAAAAUACAUACAGCAAAAACAUUCACCCUUAAGGGUUUUUGCAACCGAUCUGCAAAUAUAAAACCAAACUUAAUUUGACAUUUUAUUGUUAAACUUGUUUGGGUUCUGCAAGUGACUAAAUUACUUCUACAGCACCAAAUGGUUUCUGAAACCGUAGAUUUUUUUUGUUUAGUAUAUUUGUAUCUCCCCUCUUUCCCUUGUAUUUACCCCUCUCUCUACCUCCUGUCUUUCCAUUUCUCUUGUAUAUAACCCCCACUGUUUUCAGACUUGUGAGUCUGUAUGAACUCCUUUUAUACCUCAACUUUAGAAUUGUUCUAGAAAGAGUAAAACAAAAAGGAAGAAUAUGACAAAUUGUAGUGUUCUUAUUAGAAAAAUAAUAAAAUGAUUUAGUGUGAUUUUUUUUAAUUUUUUUUUAAUUUUCUUUUUUUCCUCAGUAUUUGAUUUCAGAUUUUAGGAGUGUUUCAUUUUAUAAUUGGUCACAAAUGCUCUUGUGAUAGUCAAACGUAAAUAAAAGGAGAGAUUGCACCAUC